AUGUUCCGUUGUAUGCCUCUUGCAGCGACAGUCCCCAAGCAGAUGGCAAGUCGUGCCUCUCUCAAUUUAGCCAAAGCUGCCGCUUCCUCACAGCCCAGAGGUUUGUCAACGUCAUCACCGGCCCGAUCGGCACAGGGAGUGGUGCUUUUACAAGACAAGGAAGAUGGCUUUGGCUUCGCAAGAUCCAAUCCCCGACCAGUAAAGCCCAGGGAUAAGGGAGUGACUGAAAUUAGAGGCCCAUACUACUCGGUUAUGGGGAAGCGGUACCUAUCAGAUGUACUCGAGACAAUGGGCAACCACGUUGACGGAUUGAAGUUUGCAGGCGGCUCAUUUGCUCUAUUUGAGAGGAAUUCACUGCGUGAGAUAACAGAUCUUGCUCAUGAGUAUGGCGUAUAUGUCUCCACGGGCGGAUGGGCUGAGCACCUACUCACACACCCCGACCCCAACACCGUUUUCGACCGUUACCUCGCAAAGUGCAAGGAUCUGGGCUUUGAUGUCGUCGAAUUGUCCUCUGGCUUCUUGUCGUUCCCAGAAGACGACUGGCUUCGGCUCGUCGACAAAGUGCACUCAUACAAGCUUAAGGCCAAGCCUGAGCUGGGUAUCCAGUUUGGAGCAGGCGGAGAUACACCUGCUUCUAGCCUAGAAGCCAUCGGUACUUCAGACCCAGGCAAAUUAAUUAAUCUUGGCCGCAAGUUCCUCGAUGCUGGCGUUGAGCGCCUGAUGAUCGAGUCCGAGGGCAUCACAGAGAACGUGAAAUCCUGGCGGACUGACGUCGUGUCGAAGAUCAUGAAAGAGCUUCCUUCGGAGGGAGUCAUGUUUGAGGCUGCUGAUCCUAAAGUUUUCAAUUGGUACAUUCGAGAGUUUGGUAUUGAUGUCAACUUGUUUGUGGAUCACAGUCAGAUCGUGCAGCUCGAAUGUCUGCGCUCUGGUAUUUGGGGAACUGCGGAUACCUGGGGAAAAAUUGUCUCCUUCCGGCUGUAG